AUAGUAUUCAAUUUUCACGAGCUCUGUCGUGAUUGGAUCGGUACAAAAUCUCCUCACUCUCUCAACUCUCUCUCUCUCUCUCUCUCUCUCUCUCUCUCUCUAAGCUAAAGCAUUGAGCAAAGUGGGAGGAAGAGACCCAAGUGAGAUGUAAUCGGAGUCUCACUGUAGAACAAGCGUUUGUGGCAUAAGCAGACCAAGACAAGCAAGUCUAGCUAUGGAUUCAUACUGAUGUCCAAGAAUUUCUUGGCUUUUCUUACUGUUUAUUCCCUUUAUCCAUCACCUCUCCUCUGCUAUUCCCCUAAUUAAAAAGAUUCUUGCUCCCUGGUCUCCGUCAAUUGAAAUUAAGAAUGUCCAGACCUCUGCAUCGAGGUUCAUCUGGGGCAGCGGGGGAACGGAUCUCCGGGAGUAGCAAUGAUUUUUGGGACUCCCAAAUGAAAGAUAAAACAGAUAAAGAAGAUUUGGAAAGAAGAGCUUCUUCUGAUAACAACAGUAUUGCAUUUAGGUUUCCUAUUCGAGUACUUUUCCCAGAUAAUUCUCCUUCCAAACAUGGAAAUACUGGAAACGGCUUUGCAUCUGAUCCUUUAAUAGCCAGUACUCCUAGAAGUCGGCACAAGUUAGCGCUGCUACUGUUGAAGUUAAGUUUAGUAUUGAUUGUUAUUCUUGCUCUUACUGGAUCCUUUUGGUGGACAAUCUCCAUCUCAACGACUUCAAGAGGUCGCGUAUACCAUGGUUAUCGGCGACUCCAACAGCAACUUGUUUCCGACCUGUGGCAUAUUGGAGAGCUUUCUCUUGGUUCUUCAAGGUUGAGAGACUUGGAAUUCUGUCCUCAGGAGUCUGAAAAUCAUGUUCCCUGCUUCAAUGUUUCGGAGAAUCUUGCCUUAGGUCUUUCUGAUGGCAAUGAAUAUGACCGGCAUUGUGAGUAUGGAAUGAGGCAAAAUUGUUUAGUUCUUCCACCUGUGAAGUACAAAAUUCCUCUUAGGUGGCCAACUGGUAGAGAUGUCAUCUGGGUGGCAAAUGUGAAAAUAACUGCGCAGGAGGUACUUUCUUCUGGAAGCUUGACCAAGAGGAUGAUGAUGUUGGAAGAAGAGCAAAUUUCAUUCCGUUCAGCCUCAUUGAUGUUUGAUGGUGUUGAAGACUACUCUCAUCAAAUUGCAGAAAUGAUAGGGCUGAGAAAUGAAUCUAACUUUAUACAAGCUGGGGUGAGAACUAUCUUGGAUAUAGGAUGUGGUUAUGGUAGUUUUGGAGCGCAUCUCUUUUCCAGUCAGAUCCUAACUAUGUGCAUUGCAAACUAUGAGGCUUCAGGAAGCCAAGUUCAGCUAACUCUUGAAAGGGGUCUUCCUGCGAUGAUUGGUUCUUUUACUUCGAAACAGUUGCCAUAUCCAUCCCUCUCUUUUGAUAUGUUGCAUUGUGCACGAUGUGGCAUUGAUUGGGACCAACGAGAUGGGAUCCUCUUGAUUGAAGUUGAUAGAGUUUUGAAGCCCGGUGGAUACUUUGUCUGGACAUCACCAAUUACAAAUGCUGAGACAUUUCGUCGUAACAAAGUGAAUCAGAAAAGGUGGAACCUUGUGCAUGAUUUUGCAGAAAAUCUCUGCUGGGAGAUGUUAUCACAACAAGAUGAAACAGUUGUAUGGAAAAAGACCAGUAAAAGGAAUUGUUAUAGUUCGCGGAAGCCUGGUUCAGGUCCCUCUAUAUGCAGCAAAGGCCAUGACGUUGAAUCUCCAUAUUAUCGACCACUCCAAGCCUGUAUUGGGGGAACACAAAGCCGCCGAUGGAUUCCUAUUGAAGAGAGGACAACCUGGCCUUCAAGGGCUAAUCCAAACAAGAGUGAACUUGCAAUAUAUGGAUUGCACCCAGAAGAACUCUCUGAGGAUGCCGAGACCUGGAAAAUGGCAGUCCGUAAUUAUUGGUCUCUUCUGUCACCAUUGAUAUUCUCAGAUCAUCCAAAGAGACCCGGCGAUGAGGAUCCUUCACCACCCUAUAACAUGCUUAGAAACGUACUUGACAUGAAUGCUCAUUUUGGUGGUUUUAAUUCUGCAUUAUUGGAAGCUGGAAAAUCUGUGUGGGUCAUGAAUGUGGUCCCGUCAAAUGGACCCAAUUAUUUGCCCUUGAUCCUUGACAGGGGAUUUGUCGGUGUUCUGCAUGAUUGGUGUGAACCCUUUCCAACAUACCCAAGAACCUAUGAUCUGGUGCAUGCAGCAGGACUUCUUUCCCUUGAAGUUGAUCAUCAGCGCAGAUGUACCAUUCUGGAUCUAUUCACUGAGAUUGAUCGAUUGCUUCGUCCAGAGGGUUGGGUGAUAAUCCAUGACAAAGCUGCUCUUGUCGAAUCAGCAAGAGCUCUGACAACAGGGCUGAAGUGGGAUGCGCGUGUGGUAGAAAUCGAAAGCAACAGCGAUGAGAAACUACUCAUAUGCCAAAAGCCUUUCUUCAAGAAACAAGCAAACUAAUAAGGAGUUUCCAAAGGGAGCCUGAGAUAUGGUGGUAUAUCACUUCAUUCAUAUUCAUUUACUUAUUUUAAUCAAUCAUCAUAAAGCUCUGCCGUUGAAAGGAGGGAAUCAAAAAUUUUGGACAGAAGAAACCAAAGAAAACAUGGGAGAAAAGAAAUCAAAAUUCGGUCUUGUAAAAGCGACACAACUCCUGUGGAGCCGUAAGGCUGCCAUAGGACAUAGGUCAUGUAAUUAUUAUGGUAUUGAGGUCCGGAGCAAGUGAGAGAGAAGUGUAGGAUUAGAUUUUUAAUCUUCCAUGUAAUUUCUCAUUGUAACUAUACAACCACAUGAUUAAGAUUGUGAAGAUCAUUACAGAAUAAACAAAUGCAGUCAGUUUCUUAUAGUGUAAAAACAUGCUUGGCAAUGCAUUUAUGUCAAGCACCAU